AUGGCUGAUGAAGGAUUGAGCCAGCGGAUAAAAAAGGACAAUCCUCAGUUAGCAUCAGAACUGAAAGAAAUGAAAGGAGGUUUGGAUUUGGUAAGAAGUAAAGUUGAAAGCUUGACUGCUAAGGUAAAAGCUAAUAAUUAUCCUACAGCUGAUGGGAUAAGCUACCUAGAGGCUAAAAAUUUGUUGCUUCUUAACUAUUGCCAAUUGCUGGUGUACUACAUACUUCGUAAGGCAAAGGGUUUUUCAGUUGACAAUCAACCUGUUGUUCAAAAGCUUGUCGAGACGAGGUUGUUUUUGGAGAAGAUACGACCAAUUGACAAAAAACUUGAAUAUCAAAUUCAAAAACUCACAAAGGGUGCUUCACAGCCUGUGGAUCAAGUAAAUGUCAAUAGCAAUAUAGAGGCUCCUAGGAAUUCUGAGGAUCUUUUGAAGUAUCGUCCCAACCCAGAUAUGCUUAAUAACAAAUCUGUGGUCGCCUCUGGGGAUGUUGUUGGUGUAUAUCAGCCACCAAAAUUGGUCCCAGUAGAAAUGGAAGGUGGCAGAAUAUCGAGGGAAAAAAGGAAUGAAGUGAGAAAAGAGAAAGAGAUGGUUAGACGGUCAAGACUGGGCUUCCAAAAAGAUUUGUUUGAUGACUUGCAGGGGAAGCCUGAAGAGGUUAAAGAAUAUUUUGGAAACGAGAGUAGGGAGUUUGAAAAAUAUCAGAGACACUGGGAAGCACGUGAGAAAGAGGAAGAAGACCAAUUCAUCUGUGCGCCUAUCACAAAGAAGGAGAAGAAAGAGUUGAGGAAUUUAAAUUGGUCAAGAGGCGGGUUGGAUAGUUUGACUGAUGGUUUCGAUAUCAAAUUCUUACCAUUGGAUGAUGGUUCUGGUGAACAACAGAAUGCUAGAAAUGGAAGUGUUGGAAUGAGGAAGCAUAAGAAACACAAGCUGAUUUAUGUCAUCGCUUUAUCAUAUGCAGAGGAGGCAUUAAGCACAAGAAAAGCUGAGAUCCCCAGGCCAGUUUUGUGCUACGUUUGUAAGAACAAUUCACAUCUGGCGAAUGUUUAUAGGGCAAGUGACUUGGGAAAGGGAGUUUUAAUGCUAAGCAGAGUCCUAUUUUUGCAGAUGGGCAUACUUGAAUCUGGGAGCUGGGAAGCUCAUUUCUGGUUCUUAUAA